AUGGACGCCAUGUCUUCGUCCAAUACUUCCUCGUCGGCCACAAAACGAAUGAGCGAUUUGUCGGCCGAAGAGUUGUCGCGAAUGGAACGGAACCGACAGAAAGCGCUACUUCUUCGGCAACAAAAGCAACAGAACCUGACAUCACAUGAGUUGUAUUCGUUGGAGUCUAAAGUCGGCGCCCAUUCGGCGACAGCCGGUUGUCACGACUCGGGCGGAGGUUUUCUCAUCGAUUCGGACGACGAAGACAUUCAACGCAACCAUAAAACCCCAACUAAUGGUCAGACAUCGGCCACUAAUGGCGGCGAUGACCCGCAGCAGCCGUUUGUAUGCCGUGAUUGCGGCCAAGAGUUUGGCAAAUCGUUUCUGUGGUCUCACUUUCGGGAGAAUACAUGUGACUCGUGUCGGGACCCGAAAGGCCGCCAUUCGUUGAUCACUCGAACGGAAGCCAAGAGUGAAUAUCUGCUGAAAGACUGCGAUUUAGACCGAAGAGAGCCGUCACUGGCAUUCAUUUUGAGACCGAAUCCUCGAGAGUUCGCGCGACACGACAUGCGUUUGUAUUUGAGGUCUCAGGUCGAGGACCGGGCGCUUCAGGUUUGGGGCACUGAAGAGGCAAUCGAAGAGGAGAGGGAUCGCCGGUCGACCGCCACUAAACGUCGCCGAGAGAAACAGUACGACAAACGGCUCAAGAGUUUGCGAAUGACUGUCCGAAGCAGUGUCUAUACGAGACCGACGGCCGCCGAUCACUGCCAUGACUUCACCGAUGAGUCAUAUAAUGAAUUGGAGGACAGCGGAUGUGAUAUCUAUGAGAGUGGUCUGGAAGUGAUACUCAAACAGUGUAAACAUCUUAAAUCAUUAAAUAUAAGCAAUAAUUGUGAGAUAAAAGGUCGCUGUUUGGUUUGGGUGAAUGCGUCGAUCGAGAGGUUAGAUCUGAGAGACUGUUGGAGAUUAGAGUCAAAAGAGUUGAUUGCAAUGACGCGCUUAAGAUUAGAGGCAUUGACUGAAUUGCUGGUCAACAGCGGUAUUAACGACGAAACAAUUGCGGAGAUUUGUGAUAAUUGUCCGAAUAUAAGACAUUUAAAUAUAAGCUUUGAAUGUCUGGCGUAUAGCGACCACUGCGGGCGACGAGUGUUGUCUGACUCUGGCUUUUGUGAAAUGGCAAAACUCGACAAAUUAGAGAUCCUAACACUGAGACACGUGGGAAAGUUAACCGACACAUCCUUACAGUGUAUUCUCAAGGGAUGUAAGAAUAUAUCGCAAUUGACACUCAAUUUGAGACACAGACACCAACUGACUGACGACGCGUUCACAGAUAUAGCGAUUCUGUGUCCAAAUCUGCAAUACUUGGAAUCAGUUCACAACCAUUUCAUAGGAAAGCAUUCAUUGAACAGCAUUUGUAAGAUGGAUAGUGUUGUGGCACUCGUAUUGAGAGGCAAU